UACUGUGUAAGUGUGUAGUUCUUGCUGUUAUCUUCUCGGAUGCUGAUUGUUUAGUAUUUAGGCGCUAUUCGAUAUUUAUUUUGGCGUAUUUACUAUUUAGUCUGUGGUUAUCAUUUGUGUUGUGGUGAUGUGUUUUGUCGAUUUUCUAAAUCAAUAACAUACAUUUCUUUACAUAAUAAAUAAAUUCAUUAACUUACUAAUAGUGCGACCAGCUAAUAGAAUAUCUUACUUUUAUGGCUUAUAUUCUUUAUCAAUAAAUUAGAAAAUGUUGUAGUUAUCAUAAGGGGUUUUUAAUUAAAAAUUGUAUAACAAAAUAACUGCGAAAAUGGAUAGCGCAGAAGUAAUUAACAAUGAGGACGGAAUAGAAACUGUUGAAAACGAGGAUGACAUUGAUUUCUCCGAAGAAAGAGAAUUAGUUAGUGAUUCAUGUUCAACAAAGAUUUUGGACAGCGAGUCCGAGCCCUUGGACAGAUAUCGCCUUGUUUAUUUUCUAUUCUAUUUAUUUGGUAUAACUUCCCUUGUUCCAUGGAACUUCUUGAUAACUGCUAAUGACUAUUGGAUGUAUAAAUUCAGAGAUGUAGAGCCUAACAAUCUGACAAUGUAUGUAAGAAAAACACAGUUUCAAGCUGAAUUUACAUCCUAUCUCAAUGUUGCUACAGCAAUACCAAACUUGGUAUUUCUAAUACUUAAUUCCUUAUAUGGACAUUUAGUAUCUGUAAGAAGUAGACUCCUAGGGUCACUAAUUGUAGUGACUUUAUCAUUUAUUGUUACCACAUCGCUGGUGCUUGUGGACACAGAUGAAUGGCAGAAUACAUUUUUCAUUGUCACAAUGAUAACAGUGGUUAUUAUGACUGCUGCAAGUGCGAUUUUCAUCUCGGGCCUAAUGGGGACUGCAAGCAAAUUCUCCCGCGAGUACAUGGCAGCUGUGAUCAGUGGGCAAUCAUUGGGUGGUAUAAUAGCUGCCGUUGCGCAGAUUAUAUCGCUUGCCUUCAAAAUAUCACCCUUACACAGCGCACUAAUUUACUUCUGCAUCGCCGACUUUAUGGUCAUAACCUCCCUUAUUUCGUAUGCAUUCCUAUACAAAAUCGACUUCUUUUCGCAUCACGUAUUGAGGGGCAAUGGUAUGGUUGUUAAUAGGAGCCGGGAGGCGUAUCUAACGAUUGUCUUGAAGAAAGUUUGGGUGUACGCUUUUAGUAUUUUCGCGGUGUAUGCGAUUUCGAUGUGUGUCUACCCUGCUGUUACUGUACUGGUUGAGUCACAUCCGGCUACGACAGGGACCGAUUGGAAUAAUAUAUUCUUCGUGCCCGUCGUGAAUUACCUUAUAUUUAACUGCGGUGACUACGCGGGACGACUGGUCGCUGGAUUUAUUCUUGGGCCCACAAACCAAUGGGUCAUCGCUGCAGCUAGUAUAUUCCGUGUUAUCGGAGUACCUAUGCUGAUGUUCUGUAAUGCUCAGCCACGGAAGCACUUGCCUGUCAUCUUCCUGUGGGACUACGAGUACAUCAUGAUCAUGAUUGUCUUCUCUUUUACCAAUGGAUAUUUGACCAAUAUCGUCAUGGUUAAUGCUACGAGAGUCGUAGAUAUGCAUGAAAGAGAAAAAGCUUCGUCAAUAAUUGUUACAAUGUUGAGCGUUGGUCUCACCGCGGGAGCAGCUAUUGGAAUGUUACUAGUUCGAGUACUGUGAGGCACAUUUUAAAUAACUUACUAGAUUAAAACACGUACAUAAAUUUCGUUGUAUGAUUAAACUUAUAUUUAAAAAUGUGUUAAUUGUCGUUCUGUUUAUGCUGUGAUUCAAACAGAAAGUUUUA